GCCGCCACCGGCAGCGGGAUGGAGCGCAGGAAAGUCUUCGUGGUGCUCGACGUGCUCUGCUUGGCGGUCGCAUCUCUGCCCUUUAUCAUCCUGACUCUGGUGAACUCCCCAUACAAGAGGGGCUUCUACUGCAAUGAUGACUCCAUCCGCUACCCCUACAAGGCAGACACCAUCACCCAUGGCCUCAUGGCUGGGGUCACCAUCACCUGCACUGUUGCCAUUAUCUCAACAGGGGAAGCCUACCUGGUCUACACGGAGCGCCUCUACUCUAAGUCAGAGUUCAACAACUAUCUGGCUGCCCUCUACAAGGUGGUGGGGACCUUCCUUUUUGGGGGAGCCAUCAGCCAGUCCCUGACUGACCUGGCCAAAUACAUGAUCGGCCGCCUCCGGCCGAACUUCCUGGCUGUCUGUAACCCUGACUGGUCCAAGGUGAACUGCUCCAUCUAUGUGCAGCUGGAGAACGUCUGCCAAGGGGAGAGCAGGAAUGUCACCGAGUCCAGGCUGUCCUUCUAUUCUGGGCACUCCUCCUUUGGGAUGUACUGCAUGAUGUUCCUGGCGCUCUACGUGCAAGCCCGACUGGUGGGCAAGUGGGCCCGGCUGCUGCGCCCUACCAUCCAGUUCUUCCUCAUCGCCUUCGCCAUCUACGUGGGCUACACCAGAGUGUCAGAUUACAAGCACCACUGGAGCGAUGUCCUGGCAGGGCUGCUCCAAGGGGCUCUCAUCGCCGUCCUCAUCGUCCGCUACGUCUCUGACUUCUUCAAGCCCCGUCCCCCGCGGCCGUGCGGGGCCAAGGACGCGGAGCGCAAGCCCAGCCUGCCGCUCACCAUGAGCGAGACCGACUGCAAUCACUACAGCUACCGGGGCGGCCCCUGA